AUACACAUUUUCUGCCAGUAGGGGCAGAUGAGCACUUUACGAGAAAACAGCGAAGAAGAAUGUCUUCUUCGGUGGUUUUAAAAGGAACCUCUAGCAAUGUGUAAAAACAUCAUCGAGGCCCUUCAAGAAUAAUUAAACAACACCGGCGCGUUUUUUUUAAUCAAAGACAAGGACUUUUUGCUUCUGUUAGGGUGACGUGUUUUUGAGUGCCUUUGUGGAUUAUCGCCGUCUACCAUAUUUGUGCUCCUGACAGAGGAAGGCUGGAUCCGAGGGAAAGCGCAACUCAUGACUUCCAUUUGUACACAUGCAAACAGUCACCAGGAUACAGUAGCCCUCAUACACAUGAGUGCUGUUUUCUCCCCGAGCUGGGCCGAGCGCCAUGCCUGAUCGGGACGGCUCCUACCUGUCAGGUGGCGGUGGAAGUGGUGGUAAUCUGAGCGAGGAGGGAGGACCGGGCUCUGGUUGCACUGCAGAGGGCAGAGGAGGGUCAGGAGGGGGUGUUGGUGGCAAUCUGUCCGGCUCUGGGGGGAUGGGGGGCGGCGGGGCACUCGGCAACGGCAACAGUUGCGGGAACGGGAGCAGCGGAGUACAAGGUGCUGGGCUGGCGCUGGAUGGCGUCUGCAGAGACUUUAUUCGCAAUGUUUGCAAGAGAGGCAAGCGCUGUCGCUUCAAGCAUCCUGACUUUAAUGAAGUGCCUGACUUGGGGGUGCAGAAGAAUGAGUUCAUCUUCUGCCAUGAUCAUCAGAAUAAAGAGUGCCUGCGCUCCAACUGUCGAUUUGUGCAUGGAUCCAAAGAGGAUGAGGACUACUAUAAGAAAACAGGAGAGCUGCCCCUCAGACUGAGAGGAAAAGUUGCAGCACGGCUUGGCCUUUCCCCUAUGGAUCUUCCCCAUAGCAGAGGGGAGGUCCCAAUCUGCAGAGACUUCCUGAAGGGGGAAUGUCAGCGAGGAAAUAAGUGUAAAUUCCGCCAUGUCCAAAAGGACUAUGAAUAUGAACCUUCCAGGGUUUCCGGGGGUGGUGUGAUUGGGCCUGGUGCUGGUGGAAUGGUGAAUGCUGGAAAUGCUAUAGGUGGUGGAGGAGGAGGAACAUGUGGGGGGAUUCCAGGACUUGUCGGUGCAGGGGUUGGAAAUAACAUGAUUGGGAUGGGUUGCCCCAGUAUGGGCGGGUGCAGAGAUCCAGGCCUCUCGGGUGUCGGAAGUGUCGGUGCGGGAGGAAUGAGUGGCUGUCUGUCAAUAGGUCCUUCAGGACAGAGACGGUACGACAGGAGCUCCCUGACAGUGUACGACCCAUUGCUUGAGGGCGGGCUCUUUGAUUCCGGCUCUCUGGAGGGCUCACUGGACCAUGCCGCCCUCCAGAUCAAGAGACGGAGGUUAGAGGGGCUACGACUGGCUGAUGGAAGCGUCGGAGGCCACUAUGAGCUUGGUGUCCAGGCCACCUUGCCCACACGCCCUCUGGAGUACAGGUUUCUGGAGGAAGAGAACAACCUCCUGAGGAAGAGAGUGGAAGAAUUAAAGAAACAGGUGUCAAACCUUGUUGCCACAAACGAAGUUCUCCUGGAGCAGAACGCCCAGUUCCGCAGUCAGACCAAGGUGAUGGCGCUGUCCUCCACCCCGGCCCCCACUGAGCAGACCCUGGCAGCCCCUGUAGGUGCAGUCAGCUCCUACAACCACAGCAUCGCCCAGACUCACACCACCCUAAGCAGCACAGGACUGCAGCCUCGGCCGGUCACCCAGCAGGACCUUGUGGCGCCCACUGGCGCUCCUGCGGCCCCCCCGACCAACGCCGCUCCGCCAACAGCGCCUCCCCCUCACCUCAACCCGGAGAUCACGCCAUUGUCGGCCGCCUUGGCACAAACCAUUGCCCAGGGUAUGGCUCCACCAGUUUCUAUGGCGCCCGUGGCUGUGUCCGUGGCGCCAGUGGCUGUGUCAAUGACGCAGCCUCUGCCAGGCAUCACCAUGAGUCACGCCACCACGCCGAUGGUGUCGUACCCCAUUGCCAGUCAGAGCAUGAGGAUCACCACUUUGCCUCAUUAACUCUUUCUCAGAAGCUUCGGUACUGCCACAGUCUCCAUCUGUACCGUGUGAAGGAGGAUUUGGGCCACACUGGUAGUUGGACUUUUAUUUGAUGUCAUUUUUAAAUUGAGAAGAAAGUCAGAAUAAUACAAACGGAAGUAACUGGCUUUCCACUAAAUCAUUAUUUUGGGGAGAGGCGGUCCCAACAGUAUCAUAUUCUCUGAGGGAUACUGCGACGCACUUUGAAAAUCUCUGUUGUUGUUUUACCUGAUAGAAGCACUACACAGUGCCAUGACAAAGUAUUCACCCCAAUG